GCGAUCACCUACGCUGGCGAUUGUCGAAGCGACCGAAGGCAGUCUUUGUGGUACGGUGGUGUCGGUACCACGCUAGAGUACCAUUCCGAUGACCUCCAUAGCUGGCUGCGAUACGCUACUCAGUCUAUGGUGUCAGUGAGGUGAGUGGAGCAGGCCUAGGCCUGCUAGUGUUCGCAAAAUGACUGUCACUUAUGGGGGACGCGUCCCUAAUGGAAGCACCUUCGGGUGUUUUUGGAAAGUACUUGGAAUAUGGAGGGGUAGUGUGUACAAACUAGUUUGGAGAGAGCUACUAGCAUAUCUAUUACUUUAUUACAUAAUAAACCUAAUCUAUAGGUUUGCUCUAACGGACCCUCAGCAAAGGGUAUUCGAGAAAAUUCGACUAUACUUCAGCCAACAGGGUGAAACGAUACCAAUGUCGUUCGUAUUAGGUUUCUAUGUGUCUCUGGUUGUGAGCAGGUGGUGGGACCAAUAUAAAUUGCUUCCGUGGCCUGAUACUCUUGCCCUUUUCCUCAAUGCGGGUAUCCCAGGCGGGAAUGAAAGACAAAGACUGAUGAGAAGAAAUAUAGUUAGGUAUGCAGUAUUAGCUUAUGUGAUCACACUCCAGAGGGUGUCUUUAAGGGUUAAGAAGAGGUUUCCUACGUGGCAACAUGUUGUAGAUUCUGGUUUGAUGUUAGAAAGCGAAAGAAAAAUCUUCGAAAUGAUGGACCAACGAACGCCGAUGUCCAAAUACUGGAUGCCUCUGGUGUGGGCAACCAAUAUCAUCAACCGAGCCAGGAAAGAGUCGAUAAUCACCAGUGACCAUAUCGUGCAAACCCUGCUGAUGGAAUUGUCCGACAUUAGGAGGAGGUUGGGCGCCCUCAUCGGCUAUGAUACUGUCAACGUACCUCUCGUUUACACGCAAGUGGUGUCCCUGGCAUUAUACGUCUAUUUCUUCGCAGCUCUCUUAGGACGACAAUUUGUACCAUACGCAGCAGCAGGAUCACAGAACAAAUUCGAAUCUCCCGAUAUGUAUUUUCCUUUUUUCACCUCUUUGCAGUUCUGCUUCUACAUUGGAUGGCUCAAAGUGGCCGAAGUUUUGAUCAAUCCCUUCGGCGAGGAUGACGAUGACAUCGAACUCAACUGGCUCAUUGAUCGACACAUCAAGGCUUCAUACAUGAUAGUUGACGAGAUGCAUGAGGAACAUCCAGAGCUGUUGAAGGACCAGUAUUGGGAGGACGUAGUACCUAAAGACCUACCGUACACAGUGGCAUCAGAACACUAUCGAAAGGAGGAACCCAAGGGAUCAGCGGAUUGUUAUAAGGUCAAGACAACCGAUGCAAUGUACGCUAACCUCAUUUCACCAAAGAAAUCUCUGCUGGGGGAGGAUAUGUAUGCUGAUUAUGAGAGCGUAGAUACACCAAUUGUCGAACGAAGAAAGAGCUCCAACUGGUUUUCCCGACAGAUUUCCCGAACCGGAAUGGGUUCGAUCAGGUCCGCAUCCACGGCUUAUUCUUCCGGGGGUCUCUUCAGCAGACACCGAGGGAAUUCUGUGUACGCCAAUCCGGAGAACGGCCAGUUACCAGGAUUGGCCCCACCUAAGAUGUCUAUUUAUGACAGACUUGUUGGAAGGAAGUCUGGAAGGAGUAGGAACUAUAGGCCAAGUACCAAGUUCAGUGGUCCAGCACCAAUGCAAGUGAAAAAUAGACCAAGGAUACCAACCCCUGAUGUUACUAAGGAAGUUGUCGACAGAGAGAAUAGGUUGGCAGCUAGCGUUGCCAACGCUGUACACAGCCAGAUGGCUGCAGGACUAACCUUGAUGCCCCACCAAAUCUCUGGUAGCUAUCCUUCUUAUUCGGCAGGAGAUGGACCAGUUGUUCAGGUGGUUCUGUCACCGAUCCAAGAACUCGACGGCAGCGGCUCCGUCAACAACACCUUGCACGCCAACCAACCGGGCACUGCAGCACUAGCACAAGCCAUCCUAUCACCCGGGCUAGGUCCGGUCCUGGCCACACCGGUCAGCGUACCCAUGACCGUGUCACAGCUUACGUCACUAGGCCUCGCGUCGCACAGCAACAGUCCUUUGUUGACUCGGGCGUUCGACCACGCUUCGAUCAGGAAUCCCGCGUUCAUACAGGCAUUCCAACCAGAAAAACCGAUUCCACCAACCGAGCCUCUUACCCUUACCGAGGUUCACACUGAAGAGGAAUCACCUUCCAGUCGAAGCAGCAAUGGUUCAGAAGCAUCGCACGCUUCCAAGGACUCCAUAUCCACAAACACGACAGCUUCUGUCAGCUCCAAGAAGUCUUCGGAGGUACCGUCGACUGAAGAUAUCAUCAGAGACUCGUUUGAGAUGACAUCCACACCGCCAGUUCUAUCUGUAUUGACACCCAAUUCAGAGAACCAAAUUAGCACCAGUGAUAAUGCUGUUACCCCGAUAGCCUCUGCUGCGACCUCUUUGGUGUCUGUUGGAGGUAGUAGCGCUGACAAGCUCAGGAAAGUUUCUUCCGUAUCUCAGAGUGCACCUGACAGUAAUACGUCCAAGCGAGAGGUCUAUGUUUGAUAAACAUUAGCUGUUUUGAAGUGAUUUUGGUGGUGCUAUAGAGCAAUAGUUCGAAUGUAAGGGAAUCAUUUUGAUAUAUUGUACAAUGAUUAUAGUUAUUUGAUCUUGACUAUCUCCACGAACUCGAUUUUCAAUUAUGGCGUUGAUGAUGAACAAUUCUGAUUGAUCGAAACUACAGGACAUUGGCAGAGAAGGUACCUACUUAGUAGGUAACGGAAACAGUAGAUGCUAUGAUGACACCUGCUGAGCAAAAAUGUUUACCACAUUAUAGGUUCCAGAACUAACGAAAGUUCUGUUAUUUCAAUCUUAACAGUUACAUCUUACCAUUAUUGACUGAACAAAUUCCACUUCCUAUAUUGCAAAUUAGGAAAUUGAAUCCAUGAACAUAAACACAGUUUUUUCAGUAGUGUUUCUUGACUAUUUUACUCAUUCGAAAAUUUCCACAUGAUUGACAAGUCACAAGCCAAAGACAACUUGUUUUAUCGCGAAAUCAAUAGCACUCUUUCAAUUCUGAUUCGUCUAUCAGCGUUGGUGUUUUCAAUGAUGUAACCAUGGAGAUCGAAGCAAAGUCUGCCAGUGUGACAUGAAAUUAUUAUAGUAUGUGUUGUCAGAAUGAUUCGCUUUUGUUAUAUGUCAUAGGAUGAAAUUUGGUCGACAGACAACAGGCUAUCACUGUUCCAUUUAUAAUAAUGAUUAUUGUAAUAUCCUAUUCUGUAAUCGUAUUUGAUCGAAGUGAUAUUCCUUGUGGCGGUGAUAUGUGAUAUUUUUUAUGAUUUGGUACCUAUCAAUUUCAUAUGGUAGGUUUUGAAUGCCAUGUAAAUGAACUAUUUCAACUAGGGUGUAUCAACUAGCUAGGAUACGAUAUGAUAAAAAAGUGGUAUGUUGAUUCAAACAGGAUUCAAGAAGAAAUUGUUACAGUUACAUUUUACUUCAACUAUUUUAUGAUCUUUUUAUAGUCUAUCUUUAACAAAAUAUCUGAAACAAAAUUGUCAAAAAUUCAUUGAUUUCAAGUGAUCGUGCCUUUAAUUUGUGUAUAUAGAGAAAUAUUUAUUAUUAUUAGGUACCUAUGAACUAAAUAUAUGCUUAGAGCUGAUAUUGCAGAACUUUCCACUGGUUCAGUGGUUUUGCAUAUUCAAAUCGUUCUUAACACGAUUUAGACCAAUUGUGAAUAUAUGUAUAUAUUUUUAAUUAUACCUAUACCUGCCCAUGAGAACAUGAUUAUGUAUUAUUGAAUAAGGGUUAAAUAAAUGGUUGAAUAUAUGAGUAUA